UGGACUUGGGAGCGCAUCCCGCAGGAGAUGUACAAGCAGGACGGGGGAUCGUUCAAGGGAUGUAGCCGCUUCGAGCUCCUGGGCAAGCGCGGGGAGAGCACCGUGUUUCACGUGAGGUACUUUGAGGUUGACCCCGGAGGAUGGACCACCCUCGAGCACCACAGGCACGAGCACGCGGUGAUCGGCCUGCGGGGCAAGGGUGAGAUCCAGCUAGGACCGCACGUGUACCCGGUGCACGUCGGUGACGCGGCGUACACCGCGCCCGGGGACACGCACCAGCUGAGGAACCACGGUGACGAGCCGUUUGGGUUCAUCUGCGUCGUCGCCGCGGAUAGGGACAGGCCC